CGCGGAAGAGACACGUUCGCUGCUGGAUGGAGCUCGUCGCGGGUUGCUACGAGCAAGUCCUCUUUGGGUUCGCUGUACAUCUGGAGCCCGAGGCAUGCGGCGGCCACAAACAGAAAUGGACUCCUGUGGCUGACUUCACUCACCAUGCCCACACUGCCUCCUUGUCAGCAGUGGCUGUGAAUAGUCGUUUUGUAGUCACUGGAAGCAAAGAUGAAACAAUUCACAUUUACGACAUGAAAAAGAAGAUAGAGCAUGGAGCUCUAGUGCAUCACAAUGGUACAAUAACUUGUCUGAAAUUCUUUGGCAACAGGCACUUAAUUAGUGGAGGGGAAGACGGACUCAUCUGUGUCUGGGAUGCAAAGAAAUGGGAAUGCCUAAAGUCCAUUAAAGCUCAUAAAGGACAUGUGACCUUCCUUUCUAUUCACCCGUCUGGCAAGCUGGCCCUGUCUGUAGGUACAGAUAAGACAUUAAGAACAUGGAAUCUUGUGGAAGGAAGAUCAGCAUUCAUAAAAAAUAUAAAACAAAGUGCUCAGAUAGUGGAAUGGUCCCCAAGGGGAGAUAAAUACAUAGUUGUCAUACUGAAUAAAAUAGACAUCUAUCAAAUUGACACUGCAUCGGUUAGUGGCACCAUCACAAAUGAAAAGAGAAUUUCUUCUGUUACAUUUCUCUCAGAGUCUGUCCUAGCAGUGGCUGGAGAUGAAGAAGUUGUAAGGUUUUUUGAUUGUGAUUCACUAGUGUGCCUCUGUGAAUUUAAAGCUCAUGAAAACAGGGUAAAAGACGUGUUCAGUUUUGAAAUUCCAGAGCAUCAUGUUAUUGUUACAGCAUCAAGUGAUGGCUUCAUCAAAAUGUGGAAGCUUAAGCAGGAUAAGGUUGGUGUCUUAGCACAAUAUUAAUACACUUCAAUGCAAGUCUU